ACAUCUGGAAGCCACAUGUCUGUUGCAGCUGCAUAAAAGUCAGCCCAGCAGACCUAGGGUGAUAUUGUUUUGCCAAGAACCCAGGAGGCAUGGACCUCUCUCUCUUGUGGGCACUUCUGCCCCUGAUCACCACGGCCUGGGGCCAGUAUGGUGACUAUUAUGGAUACCCAUACCAGCAAUACCAAGACUACAGCGAUGAUGGGUGGGUGAAUCUGAAUCGCCAGGGCUUCAGCUACCAAUGUCCACAUGGGCAGGUGGUGGUGGCUGUGAGGAGCAUCUUCAGCAAGAAGGAAGGCUCUGACAGACAGUGGAACUACGCCUGUAUGCCCACACCCCAGAGCCUCGGGGAGCCCACGGAGUGCUGGUGGGAGGAGAUCAACAGAGCUGGCAUGGAAUGGUACCAGACAUGUUCCAACAAUGGCCUGGUGGCAGGAUUCCAGAGCCGCUAUUUCGAGUCAGUGCUGGAUCGUGAGUGGCAAUUCUAUUGCUGUCGCUACAGCAAGAGGUGUCCAUAUUCCUGCUGGCUAACAACAGAAUAUCCAGGCCACUACGGUGAGGACAUGGAUAUGAUUUCCUACAAUUAUGAUUACUACAUACGGGGAGCGACAACCACUUUCUCUGCAGUGGAAAGGGAUCGCCAGUGGAAGUUCAUCAUGUGCCGGAUGACCGAUUAUGACUGCGAGUUUGAAAAUGUGUAGGCAUGCCACAUCUCAAAUCUGGUUGAAGGGAAAGGGUCCAGAAGCCCUGAGGGUGCCCACAUAUGUUCACAUCAAUUGGAUCUCCGGUAGCUGUUUUUGCUGCUCUCUUCUUCCUGAGCUGGUGACUCUGGUGCCAGCUCCCUGGGUCUUUCUGUCUAAUAUCACAUGGGUAAUUAAAUCCACAAUUAAAUCAUGCUUCUCACUUUCAACACAACUCCUAAGCUGCCAUUCUCUAUGACUGACCGAUGGCUUCCUUGCAUACCACAAAUAUAGCAUGGACAUUUACUGCUUGCCUCCUGGAACACCUGCCACAGCCUGGCUUUUAUAACAAAAUGGCUGCACAUUCAAUGGAGGGCAGGGGUAGAGGUCAAGGAAAGAAGUGUGAAGAUUAACCACAGCCACAUCUGUCUAGACACUGUGGCUCCUCCCCAAGAGCAGUUUCUGCCCUCAAGGCAUGCCAGCUUGGUUCAUCUUUGCACAAAUGCCCACAAGCCAAACUACAGAGCUCUGCACUCCAGCAGUGAGGGGACUGGGAUUGGAAAUGGGAUGAUGGAAGUUUGGGGACAGAGGUGAAACAUUUGAGAGAGUAUCGGAACUAGAUGCUAAAUGUUAGCGUAUUCACAAAUGAAAAAGAAUGCAGGGGCCAGGGACACAUGUUAGAGUAAGUCUCAAGUAUGACACAAUCAAACAAAAAUGGAAUUGAGACUUGGAGGGCUUGAGAGUGGCUAAUUUGAGCAGAAAAAAUGGACAAAGGAAUUUGAAUUGCUGGUACCUGGAGACAAGCUCAGGAUACCUGUGAAAGCUGGACUAUGCUCAGUGGCCAUGGAGAGCUACUGCAAGCUCACCUGGAAAGGUUGCCCUGGAUAGGUGCCGAUGUGUGGCUCUGGGGUGUCUUCCAUGGCAGCAGUACCAUCCUGUGGUGUUCUUGUCCCCAUUGCUUUGUACUGUCUUGCUCAUAAAAUGAAUAAAAGUAUUAUCAAUU